CCUCCAGUAGUGGGACCAGGCUUCAUAGAGGUUAUGUAGAGGAAGCCACACUGGAAGACAAGCCAUCGCAGACUUCUCACAUUGUGUUUGUUGUGCAUGGCAUUGGACAGAAGAUGGACCAAGGAAGAAUUAUAAAGAACACAGCCAUGAUGAGAGAGGCUGCAAGAAAAAUAGAAGAAAGGCAUUUUUCCAACCAUGCAACACAUGUUGAGUUUCUGCCUGUUGAAUGGCGAUCAAAGCUUACUCUUGAUGGAGACACUGUUGAUUCCAUUACUCCUGACAAAGUGCGCGGCUUGAGGGACAUGCUGAACAGUAGUGCAAUGGACAUAAUGUACUAUACUAGCCCACUUUAUAGGGAUGAGCUAGUUAAAGGCCUUCAGCAAGAGCUGAAUCGAUUAUAUUCCCUUUUCUGUUCUCGGAAUCCAGACUUUGAAGAAAAAGGGGGUAAAGUCUCAAUAGUGUCCCAUUCCUUGGGGUGUGUAAUUACUUAUGACAUCAUGACGGGCUGGAAUCCAGUUCGACUCUAUGAGCAGCUGCUACAGAAGGAGGAAGAGCUGCCUGAUGAACGAUGGAUGAGCUAUGAAGAGCGACACCUUCUUGAUGAACUCUAUAUCACGAAAAGACGGCUGAGGGAAAUAGAAGAACGGCUGCAUGGAUUGAAGGCGUCAUCCAUAACACAAACACCUGCCUUAAAAUUUAAGGUGGAGAAUUUCUUCUGUAUGGGAUCCCCGCUAGCAGUUUUUUUGGCAUUGCGUGGCAUCCGACCAGGAAAUACUGGAAGUCAAGACCACAUUUUACCUAGAGAGAUUUGUAACCGCUUACUAAAUAUUUUUCAUCCUACAGACCCAGUGGCCUACAGAUUAGAACCAUUGAUUCUGAAGCACUACAGCAACAUUUCACCAGUCCAGAUCCACUGGUACAACACUUCAAAUCCUCUACCUUACGAGCAUAUGAAGCCAAACUUUCUCAACCCAGCAAAAGAACCUACCUCAGUUUCGGAGAAUGAAAGCAUUGCCAAUAUCCCGAGCCCCGUGACCUCCCCAGUCUUACAACGGCGCCACUACGGAGAGUCCAUAACUAACAUUGGCAAAGCAAGCAUAUUGGGGGCUGCUAGCAUUGGAAAGGGGCUUGGAGGAAUGUUGUUCUCAAGAUUUGGACGGUCUUCAACAUCACAGUCAUCUGAGCCAUCUAAAGACACAGUGGAAGACGAGAAGAAGCCUGUCGCUUCUCCUUCUACCACCACUGUGGCAACGCAGACCCUGCCGCACAGCAGCUCCGGCUUCCUUGACUCUGCAUAUUUCAGACUUCAAGAAUCGUUCUUUUAUCUCCCACAACUUCUUUUUCCGGAAAAUGUAAUGCAGAAUAAAGAUGAUAGCCUCGUGGAGCUGGAGCACAGGAUUGACUUUGAACUCAGAGAAGGCCUCGUGGAGAGCCGCUAUUGGUCAGCCGUCACAUCGCACACUGCCUACUGGUCAUCCUUGGAUGUCGCUCUUUUUCUUUUAACAUUCAUGUACAAACACGAGCAUGAUAAUGAUGCAAAGCCCAGCCUAGAUCCAAUCUGAACUCUGGAAGGAUAUGACUGACCCAAAACUUUUUUUUUCUCUGUUAAAAUGUGUCAAGAUACGGAGAUUUCAAGAUUCCAGUUUUGUUUAGGGCAAGAAAUACUUUAAUUUAUAAGCACUUUAUUUUAUUUUUAAAAGAGAACAAAAACACGUUUUCAGUUCAAAAGAAGUUAUUUACUGUUUCUGUAAUUUUGAUUACGAGUCUAGCAAAGCCCCUGCAGAGAAUCACCAGGCGUGCGUGGAAGUGCGGCAGACUUAGAUGAGCUUUGUGAAGGCAGCCGUCAUGGUCCAGUUCUCCAGAGAAGUCUAAUAUAAUGUAUUAAUCUAAAGAUGUUCUAAUUCUCAGGUGGUCAGAACCCAGUACACUCUGUGUGAUGACUACAAGGUGGCAUCAUGGUUUUUGAUUCUGUGAAGACUUCCAUGUCCACAGUUCCUUUGAAAGAAGAAUAUAACAAAUAUAAAAUGUUCUAAAUUUUACUUGUUUUUUUAAAAAAACUAAUGCUAAAAAGCAAUGUUUGAACUAUACUUAUAAUUUAUUAUCUCUAGUUAUUUCAGUGUAUGAAACAUUACAUUUUUAAUGUUUCUUUUGAGCCACAGUUAUUUUGUAUCAUGUUGAGGCCCAUUUUCCCCAAAAUCCAUCUUUGUACCUUCAGAUGACCAGGUGAUGCUGUGGCAUAUGUCAGGUUUUUGGGGUUUUUUGUUUUGUUUUUCAUUAAAAACAUGGUUUCACACAGCACCAGUUUUUUUUUUUUUUUUUUUUUUUUUUUUUAAUGAUGUCCCAGGUACCUUGAGAGCAAGCUAGAAAUUUUCAACGCAGGGACUCCACGUUGGGCACACUUUGUUAGAAAGUUAGAAAACACCUUUGGACUAGAGAAUAUGAUGACUUGAAACGUAUAAACACCUGUGUGCCAAACAGCUAACACAUGUGAAGGGAUGGAAUGCCACCAACAAUUACUAUUUAAAGCUCUAAAAGAAAGCAUGAGAUGCCUGGCAGUGGUGGCACAUGCCUUUAAUCCCAGCACUCGGGAGGCAGGCAGGCAGAUUUCGGUGAGUUCGAGACCAGACUGGUCUACAAGAGCUAGUUCCAGGACAAGCUCCAAAGCCACAGAGAAACCCUGUCUCGAAAAACCCAAAAAGAAAAGAAAAAAAGCAUGAGGUGUUGUGAGCACAAUAAAUGGACAGUAAGGGGGGGAGGGUGUUCUGGGCUGCAAUUGUUUCCACAGUGCUAUUCAUCUGAAGUGUAUAUUCAUCGGCUUCCUGAGGUAAGUGAACAUGUGUUACCAUGUCUCGUGAAUAUACUGAGGCACCAAUAUUUGCAGUGCCUUGCAUUAGAUUACACAGAAAAUGGAGAGACUUUGGAUUGAAGCCAGACCAUAUCUUUUCUGUGCUACUUGAUGACUUCAUUCACGUGUGACCCUGAGUAGUCUGUAGCUGUUAAUAAGCUGGAAAAGAGUGGCCGUGAAGCCCAGCAUUGCCUGCAGAUACAUCUGGACUCCUACAGAAGGGGGUUCACUUAGGGCAACAGUAGCUUUCCUUGCCAUGUCCAAUACUCGCUUCCCGGUGGCUCUCCCUAUAUUCCACUCAAGGUGCUGUCUUUUCUCAUGUGUAAGGGAGUUUUGCAGCUGCUGGGACCAGAGCCAGUCAGCCCACACCCCCUCUCUUUUCUCUGCAGGGUGGCAGAGCUCAUGGCUUUUUUUGGGUGUUAGUGCUUGCCCUCAGUGCUGGAUGGCUCCUCGAUGCCACUGAAUCUGCUCAAUACGCAGACUUCUUUCCAGGGUUUAAGAAUGCUAAGGCUGCGUGACGGGUGUGUAGCUCACAAAAGCCCUUGCUGUAAAGGCUUUUGAUGAAUUUUAGCAGAGCCAAGCAUCUUCUUUUGAGUUUGGAGAUUCCUGUGAACUCAGGUCAUUUUCAUAGCCUAUUUAUUUAGUGGGUUUCAUUUAAUUCUCAGGAAUGUUGAACCCAUGUUGUAUGGCUGUCGUUAAAGGUGGCUGAGCAUAUGUUGAAUAUCAACUGAAAGGAGAAGUUUGCUUCCGUAAGCAAAGGAGUAUGUCUGCUUGCUUUUCCUCACCCUGCAAAGCAGUUGAAUUUUCAUUGCAUGAGUUUAUGUCAACUCUUGGAAAGAACAGCAUUCAAACCACUCUUUCAGUGAAAAGUAGAUGCUGUGCACCUCUGGACAGCUGUUGCCGGUUCUUACUUUCGUCAAUACUGAUGUUGAUUUUGGUUUUAUAGCUGGUCUCUCCAUCUCUGCAUGUAAUCAUGGGAUGUACUGCCAUAUACUAAAGUAAUAUACAGAGUAUGUAAUUCUGACGUGAUUUAGAAGCCAAGUCAAGUACCAAGUAACAGUUUGCAAUUUUAUUCCAGCAAGUACUAAAUUGGACCCCUGAAGUCCUAAUUUUGAUACUAAUUAAAAUUCUAUUCUCGACUUUGUGUUCA